CGCCGCCGCCGCCGCCGCCGCUACUUUCCGGGAAGAGAGAAAGCGGGAGAGGAACGCGCGUCGCCUGUCACCCAAGUCCUCCAGCCGCGCCGCCCCGAAGAGUGUAAGAUGUUCGCCUGCGCCAAGUUCGCCUGCACCCCCGCUCUGAUCCGAGCUGGAUCGAGAGUUGCAUACAGACCAAUUUCUGCUUCAGUGUUAUCUCGACCAGAGGCUAGAACUGGAGAGGGCUCUACAGUAUUUAAUGGGGCCCAGAAUGGUGUUUCUCAGCUCAUCCAAAGGGAGUUUCAGACCAGUGCAAUCAGCAGAGACAUUGAUACUGCUGCCAAAUUUAUUGGUGCAGGUGCUGCAACAGUAGGAGUGGCUGGUUCUGGUGCUGGUAUUGGAACAGUCUUUGGCAGCCUUAUCAUUGGUUAUGCCAGAAACCCUUCACUGAAGCAGCAGCUGUUCUCAUAUGCUAUCCUGGGAUUUGCCUUGUCUGAAGCUAUGGGUCUCUUUUGUUUGAUGGUUGCUUUCUUGAUUUUAUUUGCCAUGUAACAGAAAUGUUGUACUGCUUGAAAUGUUGGCAUUCAUAUUAAUUACGGAUGUAAUUCUGUGUAUCUUACUGUGACUCCGAAAACUGUAGAGUUGGUGUCAUGGAAAUGUACAUUAUUUCCAAAGUCAUUUCAUUAAAGAUGAAAACUUUAA